AUUAUAAAGAAUAUUAUGCCAGUGUGGUUAUUAUAAAGCUUUAAUACACAUUCAUUUGAUAACAAAGAAAUGUGUUAGUUACUAGUCCUUUUGUUUAAAUAAUUCUCCUUCUGGACCUACACUGGGGCUGAUCCUCCUGGACUGCUUAUGUGUAAGAGGACCUAGGCAACCAGUUCUAGUCAAAUACAUUGUAAAGGGAAGCAAUGUGUGCCUCUUUCUAGAGAAAGCUCUAGUUUCCACUGUGAGAAUUUCCAGAUCUCUAAGUUAGUCUUUGAAGUUGUGACUGCUCCUUUUACUGGGGUCCCUGAAUAACUACAGUGAAGGAAGAGCCCUCUGGUUGACCCAACAUUGAUCUGUACACCUGUGAUAAAUAGGCCUUUUGCAUUUUAAAUCCCUGUUAUUUGAAGUUUGUUUGUUAAUUCAGCCUACUUAACCUAUCCUGACUGAUACAAAUAAAUAAAAAUCAUAAAUACUAGGUAUUUUGGGUUUCCAUGAAAUGAUGCUAACCCCUUCCAAGCCGGAUCACAUUCUUUUCAUCUCAAUGACAUAAAAAGUGUAGGGUGAAAAUUGUUGGAGUUGGUCAAAUGGUUUUACCUGGCCUAUAGUCUGUAUUAGGUACACCCUAAAGUGCAUGUAUGAGUGUGUGUGUGCAUAUUGAUUUCAGCCUCUUGUCUGAAGGUGGGAAGCUCAAUUGCCUCAACUGUUUUAUGAAUUUUGGAGUGGCAUUUCUUGUUCUUUGAGAAGGAUUUUAAAAAUGUACAGAGGUAUGUCUCAGCCUCUGUGGGAGAUUUCCAGACCAUCCACUUUAGCAAUGGAACAGAAGUUCUCCAACUUUCUUGAGCCAGAAAUUGUUUGCUCAUUUGAAAUUUAUGAAAUUGUUUUCACCCAUGAAAUCUCUUAAGAGAGCAUCCAAAAUUAAACCCAAAUGCAUUUCAUUAGAUCUCAAGCAAAGGAACAGACCUCUCCCUCCACAUAUUAGAAAGAGGUAUAUUCAAUAGUGCCUGAACAAAAUAACUGAAAGCAGAGAGGGGUGUUUUUCCCUCAAACGUGCAAGUACAUCACAGGAAAAAGGGCACAUAACCUUUGAAAUAUAUUUUUUUAGGGAAAAUAUCUUUAUAAUACUAGUAUCAUUUUCCUUGUAAGGAGAAAAAAAAAUGAAAUGGCUAGUGCCAGAGGAACUUUAAGUGCUCAAAGAGAAAUUUCUAAGAACCCCAUAUAAAACAGCCUGUGUAUGUGUUGUGAAAAUGCACAGAGAAUACAAAAGCAGGACAAUUUCCAUCUGCUUGUAUAGAUAAUGAAAGGUUUCAGACAUUAAAUUUUCACUAAAAAUGAUAUUUUUAAAAGAUGGGAAAGGAUUCACUAUGAUAUAAAGGGGGGAGGGUUUAUAGUAAAAAAAAAAAACAAGUAUAAAGACAUGAAGUAGGGUAAGCAAGGGAAAGGAUAUCCUAGGAAAACAGUUUUGUCUGGAGUGUAAGAUGAGUAUGGAUUAGCCCUGCAAAAUAGUGGGAUAUUGGGUAGUGCAUCUAAUUUGGUAGUGCACUUGAAAUAAAGAUAUUUGUUUUAGUUACUCAAGACCGGUUCAGGGAUUACAGGGUAUAAGUUCCAAAUGGAGUGUCUAAGGACUCUGCUGUACUUAAUGGGAAGAUUAUUUAUGUUUUUAAAAGAUGAGCAAUACAUUAAAAUAAGUCUAAGUCCUUGACUCAUUCUUUUUAUUUUUUGCAAAGACUCUAUCUUUGCAUAGUAUUAGUGAAUUGAUAAAGUAUAUAUGGAGAGUUAAAAUACUAAAUAAGGGAAGUAUGGAUUUAUAAAAAUGCAAGGAUUGUAGUCCACUAAAAUGUGAAUAAAAAGCCAGUAACUUAUUUGGUUACAUCAAAACUAGUUAUGCCAAUGUUUACAAAUACAGAGAGAUCAUUGAAGAUGUUCUUGACCCCGAAACUGAAAAAAUGGCUUAUAGGCCUUAUGAAAUUUUUAAUGAAAAAAGACUGUAAAAUAAAAUAAAAUGGAAGUGCUCAUGAAAUGAUGGAAAACCAGAAAUUCAAAGGGAAUCUGAAUAUUUGGUCAUUUCCAACAAAUAAAAAGAUCGGUACACAGAUUCAAGAAUUCACUUUAAACUUUGAAGAUAGCUAGGCAAUAUGCACUUCUCCCAGACAACCUCCGGGCGCCGCUAUUGACCAAAGGAAAGAAGGGUUCUCAACUCCACGGAAUGUCAGGCAGAGCAUUUUCCUGCUUUGUCCUGUGCAAGUCAGAACACUGAUGCAACUCCUCUAGCACCCAACGAACAAGUCCUCCCUCAAAACACAAAAGUCCAGGCUGCCAUCGCUGAUUUUUUAAACAUCCCAGAGACAUCUUGAAAAGAAGCUUUCCAGAGAGUUAAAGAAAUGCAAAGGUGCUCCAGAAAAACUGAAAUGAUGAAGAAUCGGGUACUGUUUUUCUUCUUGCUGCCUUUGUUUUGUGGGGCCAUCUCCCAGCAGAUUCAGUACGCAAUUCUGGAAGAGAUGGCCAAGGGCUCAUGGGUGGGGAACCUUGCCAAGGAUCUGAGGCUCAGUGUCCAGGAGUUGCCAGCUCAAAAACUGCGAGUUAGUGCAGAGGAUUUUUUCAGUGUGAGUGUAGAGAGUGGGGAUUUAUUAAUGAGUGGUAGGAUAGAUGGAGAGAAAAUUUGCGGGAGUAAAUCCGAGUGUGCACUAGAAUUUGAACUGGUGGCUGACAACCCAAUGAAUUUUCACUUGAUUGUUGCAAUUCAAGAUAUAAAUGACAAUGCACCAUAUUUCACUGCUAAAGCAUUGACUUUGGAAAUCUAUGAGUCAGCCUUACUAGGGGUAAAAUUCCCACUGGAUUCUGCACAAGACCCAGAUGUAGAAAGUAACUCACUGAAGAUAUACACUAUCAACUCCAAUGAACACUUCUCUCUGUCAAUGAAGGAAAGUCCCGAUGGAAGUAAAUACCCAGAAUUAAUGCUGGUAAAACCUCUGGACAGGGAACGACAGAGCUUCCACCACUUAAUCCUGACUGCCAAGGAUGGCGGGGACCCUCCACUAAGCGGCACCACCCAGAUCCGUAUCCAGGUCACUGAUGCCAGUGAUAAUGCUCCAUUGUUCAGCCAAGACACAUACAGAGUUAGCCUGCAAGAAAAUGUGCCCUGGGGAACCUCUGUGUUGCGGGUGAUGGCCACUGAGUGGGACGAGGGCAUUAAUGCAGAGAUCAAUGCCUUCCUCAAUGCCCCAACAAGUACCAGCCUCCUCUUCAAUCUCAAUGCAAAUACCGGCGACAUCAAAACCAAUGGCACACUGGACUUUGAAGAGACAAGUAGAUAUAUGUUGGGUGUAAAAGCCAAAGAUGGAGGGAUGCACAUGGCUCACUGUACUGUUUAGAUUGAGAUUGUUGAUGAGAACGACAAUGCCCCAGAGGUGAAAUUCAUUUCCUUUUCUAACCAUAUUCCAGAAGACUUAGACCUUGGAACUGUAAUACCUCUCAUUAAAGUGUGGGACCAGGAUUCUGGGCAAAAUGGUCUGGUGACAUGCUAUAUUCAGGAAGACGUUCCCUUCAAAUUAGAAUCCAAUUCUAAGAAUUAUUACAAGCUGGUGAUUGACAAUGACCUAGACCGUGAACAGAUGGCAGAGUACAAUGUCACCAUCACAGCUACCGACAAGGGCAAGCCAUCCCUCUCCUCCAGGGCAAGCGUCAUCCUACACAUUGGCAACGUCAAAGACAACGCGCCGGUUUUCCAGCAGGUCUCCUACGUGGUCCAUGUGGCAGAGAACAACCCUCCCGGCGCCUCCAUCGCGCAAGUCAGCGCCUCCGACCCCGACCUGGGGCCCAACGGCCACAUCUCCUACUCCAUCGUGGCCAGCGACCUGGAGCCGCGGGCGCUGCGGUCCUACGUGUCGGUGAGCGCGCAGAGCGGCGCGGUGUUCGCGCAGCGCGCCUUCGACCACGAGCAGCUGCGCGCCUUCGAGCUGACGCUGCAGGCCCGCGACCAGGGCUCGCCCGCGCUCGGCGCCAACGUGAGCCUGCGCGUGCUGGUGGGCGACCGCAACGACAACGCGCCGAGGGUGCUGUACCCGGCGCUGGGGCCCGACGGCUCGGCGCUCUUCGACACGGUGCCGCGCGCCGCGCAGCCCGGCUACCUGGUCACCAAGGUGGUGGCGGUGGACGCCGACUCGGGACACAACGCCUGGCUGUCCUACCACGUGCUGCAGGCCAGCGAGCCCGGACUCUUCAGCCUGGGGCUGCGCACGGGCGAGGUGCGCACGGCGCGCGCCUUGGGCGACAGGGACGCGGCCAGACAGCGCCUGCUGAUCGCUGUGCGCGAUGGGGGACAGCCUCCCCUCUCGGCCACCGCCACGCUGUACCUGGUCUUCGCAGACAGCCUCCAAGACGUGCUGCCGGAUCUUAGCGACGGCCCCGCGCCCGCUGACCCCCAGGCUGAGCUGCAGUUUUACCUGGUGUUGGCCUUGGCCUUGAUCUCGGUGCUCUUCCUCCUCGCGGUGAUUCUGGCCAUUGGCCUGCGCCUGCAUCGCUGUUCAAGUCCCGGUGUCGGGGGAUGCUUUCAGCCUAGUCUCAGUUCCAAGUCUGGAUUGAAGGUUCGCUCCAACUAUAACGAGGGGACUUUGCCUUAUUCCUACAAUCUGUGCGUUGUCUCACAUUCAGCAAAGACCAAAUUUAAUUUUCCUAACCUGACACCAGAAAUCGCUCCCCCUCACGAUCUUCUAUGUAAUAAUCCUUCUAUGGAUGUGUGUGCCAGUAAUGAAGACCCCAAAAUCGCAUAUUACCCCUCUUCCUCUCAUGUGAUUUUUUGCAAACCUACUUAA